AUGGCGGAAGACCAAUCAGAUGAAAAUAUAAUCAACUAUGCAGCCAUUUUCACCUACUAUCUGUUCGGAUCUUGGAGGCUUCCCACCACAUGCGAAUCUGAGUCGGAUAAAAUCAUCAUAUUCUACUCAAAGACUGAUGGAGUCCUCUACGUCUAUGCAGGUGAGAAUUUAAGGGAGAAGCUCCCAAGAGACGUAAUCCAGAGAACCGCCGUUGAAGCCAAAGCUGCUUUUGGUUCUGGAGUCUACGAAGGAAUGAAAUACCUGCUCACACGAUUUCAGUAA